AUGGUCUGCAACAUAUUGAUAAUCAUUUCAAAAUCUAACUUCCUAACUCCCCCCCCCCUCCGUGAGUGAACAAAACCAUUAGAAAAAUCCCUAUUUUUUGACCAAAAACCCACCCUCCGUGAGUGAACAAAAAUUUUUUUUAAUAGAAAACAUUUUUUAUGGAAAAAAAUUUUGAUAUAUAAAUGAUAAUUAGUAUAAUGAAAUCUAGAGCUAAUUCUAUUUAAUUUUAAACAAAUUGCUUUUUAAAACAUAAAUUUUAUAAAUUAAAUUAAUAUUUGUUUCCAAUUUUUGCGAAUUAGGAUUUUUUUAAAUUUCGAAAAAAUAUAUUUUUUAUAAAAUUUAUAUAUAAAUUUUUUAAAAAAAAAAAAUUAACCCCCCUCCGUGAGUGAACAAAAAAAUUUUGUUCACUCACGGAGGGGGGGCGGAGUAAGCUUUCUGCAAGUAUUCAGUCUCUUAAUAAUAAAAUCUUACAUUUUACCCAUUUUUAUAGAAGAAUCAAGUAUUAGACAAAAUAAUAAUCGAAUGCUGCAAGAAAAUGGAAUUGAGGACAUUGCCAAACAGUAUUGGCAAAAAGGCAACGAAUGCUAUCAAGAAAGCAACUUAAUUGAAGCCUUAGAAAACUAUCACUCUGCGGUUAAUGAAAACCCCGCCCUUUUUGAGGUUCAUUGUUUAAUAGGCAAAAUUUUAUAUGAAUUUGGGAACUAUGAAGAUGCUGUCGACGCAUUUAACCAUGCAAUAUUGAAAAACCGUGAGUACCCCGAGUCAUUCUUGCAGAAAGGUCAAGCUCUAUGCGAGCUUGGAGACUUUGAGGAAUCAGUAAGAUGUUUUGAUAUAAUCAUAGAUAAAUGGCCUGAUUAUGCAGCUGCCUAUGUAAACAAAGCUUAAAUUAAACUUAAACUUACAGGGUGGCGUCUGCCUUAUUGGUUACGCAGUCACCAAGGACCUACCCAUACGGGUGGUUCAUCCACUUUGCGCUGUCUUCAGCUUCGCCUUGAUUGAAUUGGGACAAUGAUUUGCUGGGCGAGUUUCAGCUCUGACACCGUCCUUCUUCUCCUUCAGCGCCUGACGCCAUGGCACUUCUGAAGUGUGGGGUUCUGCUUCGUACGUCUCCUCCUUCCCUUUCGGGUCCAGUUUUGAGUGGGCGGACUAUGGACUUCUGCGGCUGCUGCAUGAGUCACGAGGUUGGCCAACCAAAAAUUCCAAAAAAUGGAAUUUCUGUUCAACCUUCCGGCAAAAGGAAAAAUCUGGAUCCCGGGACGUAACACCCGGUUUCACGCUAGGCAGUUGCCCGAUUGCUCUGGGUAUUACCUGCAGAGUCAGCUGGGCUUGCCCUUUCCAAAUCCAAACCUUCCUUUCCCUCGAGGUAAAACCCAACCUUGAAAUUGGACUGAGGGCUAGGCUCUGUACAUUACCAGAAUUGCUUACCUAGCAUUGCUGUCCAUUUCUGGAUUGGUAAAACCUUGCCGGAUAUAAUUAAAAAUAUGUGUCGAGGCUGCAUGGCCGGGAGGCCAUGCCCAGACGAAGACGCCAUAUUUUAAUUAUCCUAUGUAAACAAAGCAAUUUGUUUACUCCGUCAAAGUAAAGGCAAGGAAAAAAAUGCACUUGACUGCUGCAAUAAAGCUCUAAAGUACAAGCCUAAUUACCCAAGUGCCCAAUUCGUUAAAUCCAUUUCUUUUUAUAAAUUAGGUGAAAUUGAAAAAGCUAACCAAUGCUAUGAAGCUGGGUCAAAGUCUGCUGUUUUAGAUUCUUUUGAUUUAAACUGCAAAGCUUCAGUCUUACUUCUUCUUGGCAAAAAGGAAGAUGCAUUAGAGUGCUAUAGUGAGGUCAUCACUAAGAAUCCUGACUGCUAUCAAGCCCACUACAAAAAAGGAGCCCUUCUUUACGAGCUGGGGCAAUAUUGAGAGUCAAUUGAUUGCUUUAACAGUGCUAUAAGCCUCAAUCCAACCAACCUUGAUGCCUAUUUCAAUAUGGGAAACUCAAAAGCAGCGAUUGGAGAAAAUGAAGAUGCCAUCGCGUUGUAUGAUAAAGCUUUAGAAUUUGAUCAGGAUAGCUCUAAAGUAUACCACCGAAAAGGAGAUGCAUUAUAUAAGCUAGGUGACUACCAAGAAUCAAUUAAGUGCUAUAAUGCUGCAAUUCAGCUUGAGCCAAAAAAUGCAGAACUUUAUAAAAAAUUAGGAAAUGCAUAUGAUGAGAUAGGAAGCCAAGAUCUCGCCUUGAAGAAUUAUAGUGAAUCUAGUAAACUGAAUAGAGACGAUAUAGAAACCCACUAUAACGCUAGUCUUAUAUUAAAGAAGCUGCAAAGGCAUGAAGAAGAAAUAAAAUGCUACAAUGAAAUAAUCCGAAUUGACCCUAAAGAUAUUCAGGCGUAUCUUGAAAAAGGCAACGCGCUAACUCCCCCCACCGUGAGCGAACACAACCAUUAGAAAAAUCCCUAUGUUUUGCCCAAAAACCCACCCUCCGUGAGUAAACAAAAAUUUUUUUAAUAGAAAAAAAUUUUGAUAUAUAAGUGAUAGUUAAUAUCAUGAAAUCUCGAGCUAAUUCUGUUUAAUUUUAAACAAAUACGAAAAAAAAAAAUUUUACAAAUUAAAUUAAUAUUUGUCUUCCAAUUUUCGAGAAGUGAGAGAUUUUUUUUUAAAUUCCGAAAAAAAAAAUUUCUAUAAAAUUUAUAUAUGAUUUUUUUUUUUAAAAAAAAAAUUAACCCCCUCUCCUUGAGCGAAUAAGAUUUUUUUGUUCGCUCACAAAGGGGGAGUGAGCAUUUUAGGAAGAAAUAAAGAGGUAGUCAAGUGCUACACAGAAGUUAUAAGCAUAAAUCCAGAUGAUGCAAACACUCAUUAUAAUUUAGGAAAUGCGCUUUCUGAGUUGGAUAGACUGGAAGAGGCAGUAAAGCAUUAUGAUAAGGCAAUUAAAAUAGAGCCGAGUUACACAGAUGCCUUCUUUAAUAAAGGAAUUGCACUAAAGCAACUUGAAAAAUUCCACGAAUCUCUAGACUGCUUUAACAAAAUCUUAGAGAACUCUCCCAACGAUGCCGAAGUCCUUGUAAAAAAGGGCCAGAUUUUAGAUGAAUUAAAUCGAUAUGAAGAAGGACUAAGUAGCCUAAAGCAAGCAAUAAAACUUAGCCCAAACAACGCUGAAGCUCAUUACUACAAAGGAAUCAUUUUAUUCGAGCUAGACCGCUAUGAAAAAUCUAUUAAGUCUUAUAUUAAAAUAUACAUAAAAUUGCCAGAGUGGAGCGAUCUAUUUUAGCAUUUGGUGCAAAGAGCUGCCUAAGGGUUAGAUUAGCCUCGAAGAGAGAUGCACAGCUGGAUUUUUAUUUAUCAGUGACUGGCUCGAGAGGCAAUUUUUAGCAUCUUUUUUUAGCAGCGCCCAGGCCUAAGUUGGGUGCUUGAUAGAGGCAGAAUGAUGUGCCACAUGAACUACUUGGUAGCUUGCUUCGAAUUGCAUAAGCGAUUAUGUAUUUCCUUUGGUUGUAAGCCAAGGAAAUAGAAAAUGCAAAGUAGAAAAGACUCAAGGGAUACAGCUCUGAGUUGAAAAGGGUUAGGGACAGGGGCCGUCUUGCCUAAUUUAAGCAUGGUUGGAUACUCUGAGAGUGGAACUAUAAACACGAGCUUAAUUUUAAUUUUAAUAUUAAGUCUUAUAACAGAGCUAUCAAGAAUAAUCAAGACUAUGCUUUAGCAUACUAUAACAAAGGAAUUGCCUUAAAGAAGUUAAAUAAAUUAGACGAAGCCCUGAAAUGCUAUAAAACAGCAAUCAAUAAAAACCCUAAAUGCACAGAUGCAUUCCAUAACAUGGGAAUUCUCCUAUUUGAACAAGGGAAAUUCGACGAAGCAAUUCAGAGCUUUGAUUCAGCGAUCUCUUUGGAUCCUAGAUAUGAGCAAGCAUACUAUCAUAAAGGAAUUGUUCUUAACCAAAAAGGAGUAUACGAUGAAGCAAUAAAAUGCUAUGACAAAGCAAUUGAAAUUGAUCAAAUGUUUGCAAAGGCAUAUUACAACAAGGGGAAUGUCCUUUCUAAACUUUUGAAGUUCAAAGACGCUGUUGAAUCAUAUAAUAAAAGCCUUCAGAUUGAGCCUGGCUAUGCCAAUGCCCACUAUAAUAAAGGCAAUGCUCUCUGUAAAUUAGGAGAGUAUAGAGAAGCUAUUAAAUCAUAUAACGAUACCAUCGACAUAAACCCUGAAUAUGAAGGAGCCUAUAACAGUAAAGGAAAUGCGCUUUAUAAACUUGAGGAAUACAAAGAAGCUGUGGAGUGCUACAAUAUGGCGAUUUUAAUAAACCCUGAAAAUGCUAACGCGUAUUAUCUUAAAGGUGAUGUCUUAUACAAAACAGAUAAAUUUGAAGACGUGAUUGAGUGCUGCAAUAUCGCUAUAAGCGUAAACAAUGAAUACACAGACGCUUAUUAUCUGAAAGGAAAUGCACUUUAUAAAUUGCAUAAUUAUGAUGAUGCGAUUGCUCAUUAUGAUAUCACGAUUAAGCUUAACCCAGAGCAUGCAGGUGCAUUUUAUAAUAAAGGAAACUGUCUUAAAUUACAUUGAGAAUUCUUAAUAUCUUCCAAAUUUGAUGCCUCCGCAGGCUUUCAGCUGAUAUCAGCCUUCUUGCCGGGCGGAAAUUCAGCAGAUGAUCUUCUAUAAGAGAUAGCUUGCUCAGCGACCUCCAAGAGUGUUUACGAGUUAUAAAGGCGCCCUGCCAGUAUGCCAGCGAUGUAAGGAGGUAAAGAUAGCCUGAUAUCCCCUUUCGCCACCUUCGGGGAAGGUGACACCCAUGAAAAAAGAAUAAAGGUCUUCCUUGACCUGGAGGCCUAAAAAACCAAUCUAAUAACUAAUACUGCUAUCUGACUCACAAGGUUUACCCACCCCAUACGGCAUCGAUAACGCAUACUAAGUGCUAGAUUUAAAGGGCCUGAAUCAAGGUUUAUGCUAUAAAACUCCGUAAGGACUUAUUUCGACUCCACCAUAUUGAUUAUACUGUCUUAAGGAGCUAAAUAAAUUAGACCAGGCCAUUCUCUGUUUUAAUGAAGCCAUCAGAAUAAAUCCUGAUUACGCAGAUGCUUAUACAAGGAAAGGAAAUGCACAGAUGCAGUUAGGGAACCUUGACGAAGCAAUUGAGUGUUACUCAGUCACAAUGUCAAUUCAGCCAAACUGCUAUGAAGCUUACAGCAGCAGAGGAUUUGUUCAAUUUCAAAUGGGAAAAUUUAAAAAAGCAAUAGAAAGCUAUAGGCAAUUGCUUAGAAUUGCCUGAUAAGGAUGUAAGGAUCGAAAGCUCCUCUUUGAGCUGGUUUAGCUACUUAGGUUGGUCUAGCCAACUAGAGAGCUGGCAAGUGAAACAAGAGACUCAUUUGUCAACUCCAAUUGGUUUGGCCAACUAAAGAGAGGAGCUCUCCCUCCUUACACUCAUACCGGGCAAUUCAAAGCUAUUUCUAUAUAAUUUGGCCAUAAGCAAGCAGCCUGAAGAUCCAUGUGUUUACUUUCUCAAAGGAGAAGCUUUUGAUCAAGAUGGAAAGCCUGAAAAAGCUAUAGAAUGCUAUGAUAAAGCUAUCAGUAAAAAGCCUGAUUAUAGCGAAGCUUAUAACAGCAGAGGUAAUUCUUUCAAAAAAAAGGGAGAUCUUAAUAAGGCAAUUUUAAGCUACAACGAAGCAAUCAAAAUUAACCAGAAUUAUGCAGAAGCUCACAACAAUAAAGGGCUUAUUCUUAAAGAGAUUAAUAAAUAUGAUGAUGCCUUACAAUGCUUUAGUAAGGCCAUUGAGAUUAAAGGAAAUUUUGAAGAUGCUCAUUAUAAUAAAGGCGAGGUUUUAGUAAAGUUGGAACAAUAUGAAGAAUCAAUACCCUGCUUCUCUGAGGCCAUUGCGUUGAAUCCAAAUUCAGUAAAAGCGCAUUAUCUGCGAGGAGUGAGUUUGUUUAAAAGCGACAAUUAUGAGCAUGCACUCCAAUCUUUUAAUUCAGUGAUUCGGUUGGAUCCAAACCAUUCUGGAGCUUAUUAUCACAAAGGAAAAUGCUUAUUCCCCUCUAAAAUUUUAUAAAAAUUUAAAAAAAUUCUAAUUUAUAAAAAUUGAGAAGCAACAGUUAAUUUAAUUUGAGGCUGUUUAAAAUUAGCCAGAAUCAGCUAGAGAUUUCAUUAUAAUAAAUAUCAUAUUAUAUAUCAAAAUUGUUCGCUUGGGCAAAAAUAGCGAUUUUUCCAAUGAUUUUGUUUGCUUACGGAGGGAGGAGUUAGCAAAAUUAGGGAGACUUGAAGAGUCAAUAGAAAGUUUCAAUGUUGCAAUUCGACUCGACCCUGAAGGGCCAUAUGCUUAUCAUGAAAAAGGAGUCGUGCUAAAUGAAGUGAAAAAAUAUGACGAAGCUAUCGAGUCUUAUAAUGCCACUAUCCGUAUAAAGCCUGAUUUUGCAGAUGUUUACAAAGACAAAGGGAUUUCUCUAUACAAUAAAGAUCGCUUUCAAGAAGCCCUUGAUUGCCAAAUAACAGCAAUUAAUCUAAAUCCAUCAUUUGCAGAUGCACACUACCACAAAGGCAGCAACCUAUUUAAGCUCAAUAAAUUUCAAGAAGCCCUGGCUUCCUUUAAAGAAGCAAUUAAGAUUAGCCCAGACUAUGGAAGCGCGCAUUAUGGGAAAGCAAACGUAUUAACGAAACUCGGAAAACUUGAAAAAGCUGCAAGAAGCUAUAACAGAGCAAUUGGCUUGAACCCAGAAUCACCAGACUAUUGGUAUAAUAAAGGUAAUGGGCUGCUGAAGCUAGAAAAGUAUUCUGAUGCAAUCAAGUGCUAUAAUGAAGCUCUUAAGCUAAAUGCAAAUAGCGCAGAAGUCUAUUAUUUUAAGGGGGAAUCAUUGGCUAAAUUGGGAAAGCUAGACUAUGCUAUCCAAUGCUAUAAUCAUGCAAUAAGGAUAAAUAAAGAUUACCUUGAAGCUUAUUAUAGCAAAGGGAAAAUAUUUUACGAAUCGAACAGAUAUAAGGAUUCUAUAGAGCCAUUUAAUAUGGCUAUAAGACUCAAUCCAGACUACCUGCCUGCUCACUAUAAUAAAGCGAAAUCAUUUGUUGAGUUGAAAAAGUAUGAAAAAGCAAAAGAUUCUUUUAAUGAAGCCUUGAGACUUAAUCCAAAAGAUGCUGGGAUUUUGAAUGAAAAAGCAAUGACCUUAUAUAAACUCGGUAAAUAUGAAAAAUCUGUGCAAUAUUUCGAUAUGGCCCUCAAAAUUAACCCGAAGUUGGCAAAUGCGUAUUAUGGCAAAGCUGAGGUUCUUUUUGAAAUGAAAGAGCUCAAUGAAGCAAUAAAAUCAUAUGAUUUAGCGAUAAAAAUAAAUGAAAACUAUACAGAAGCUUAUUUGCAUAAAGGAAACGCAUAUGCUGAGCUAAAUAAAGAAAUUGAAGCUAUAGAAUCCUACAGCAGAGCCAUAGAGAUCAACCCAAACUGCAUCGAAGCCUACCAAAACAAAGGGAUAGCUCUAGGAAAACUAGACAGACUUGAAGAAGCUCUUGAGUGCUACAAUACAGUCAUAGAGCUUGACCAUAACCACAGUAAGGCUCACCACUUUAAAGGUAAUAUUCUUGAACGAAUGGAUCUCCCUGAAGAAGCAAUAGAGUCAUUUACUAUCGCAAGUAAGAUUGAUCCUGAUUCCCCAAGCAUUUACUAUGAAAAAGGAAAACUUUUAUCAAAACUUGGAGCUUAUUCAGAAGCUCUUGAUUGCUAUAAUUUGACUCUCAGUUUAGAUCCAGACUUUGCUGACUGUUUUUUUGACAGGGGGAAAUGCCUUUUGGAACUUACUCCCCCCUCCGUGAGUGAAAAAAAAAAUUUUGUUCACUCGCGGAGGGGAGUUAAUUUUUGUUUUUAAAACAUUAUAUAUAAAAUUUUAUAGAAAAUUUUUUUUUUCGAAAUUUAAAAAAAUCCCACUUAAGGCAAAUAUUAAUUUAAUUUGCAAAAUUUAUUUUUAAACCACACAAUUUAUUUAAAAUUAAACAGAAUUAGCUCGAGAUUUCAUCAUAAUAGUUAUCACUUAUAUAUCAAAAUUUUUUCCCAUAAAAAAUUUUUCUAUUAAUUUUUUUUUUUUCACUCACGGAGGGUGGGUUUUUGGGCACAAAAUAGCGAUUUUUCUAAUGGUUUUGUUCACUCACGGAGCGGGGGGAGUUAAAAGAAAUUCAGAAGCAUUGAACUCUUUUAACGAAGCUCUAAGGCUGAAUCCAGAGCUCGCUGAAGCAGUUUACUAUAAAGGAUUAGCGCUAGAAAAAUUGAACAAGUUUGAUAAGGCACUCAAAUGCUAUAAUAAGUCUUUUGCAGCAAGCCCGAGUUCCCCAGAUACGUUUUAUCAUAGAGCCGUUUCUUUGUCUGAACUAGGAAAGCAUGAGCAGGCAAUUGAAAAUUGUGAAAUUGCCCUCAGUUUGAAUCCAAGCUACCCAGAAGCCUAUUAUUAUAAAGCAAAAUCUUUAUCCAGUAUUGAAAAUUUUGAUCAAGCCUUAAAAUGUUUAAAAAUUGCAAUAAAGUUGAAUCCAAGCUGCAGUGAAGUCUAUGAUGCCAAAGGAGAUAUUCUAUAUAAAUUGGGAAACUACGAAGAAGCUGUCAAGUCUUUUGACAAGUCAAUAGAGCUCAGCCCAGAGUGCGUGAACUCUUAUUUCCAUAAAGGGAAUUCUCUCUAUGGGCUUGGAAGAUAUGAUGAGUCCAUAGCUUGUUAUGAUCAAGCACUCUCCCUAAGUCCUAAAGAUGCUAAAAUAUGGAAUGCGAAAGGCAACGUGCUAUUCAGACAAGAAAGUUUUAAAGAAGCCCUGAAAUGCUAUAAUCGAGCACUUAAAAAUUCGCCUGACUAUGCUGAUGCAUAUCAUAACAAGGGGGAUACCUUAAAUAAACAGGGAAAGUUAGAAGAGGCGAUAAGAAGUUACAAUUCUGCAAUUAUAAUCGACCCAACGAAUGCAGACCACUAUUACAAUAAAGCUAACACUCAUUAUGAGCUCGGUCAAUAUGAGGAAUCAAUUGAAAGCUAUAACGCAGCCAUCAAACUGAACCCAAGAGACGUGGACUCAUACAAUAACAAAGGUCUGGUGCUAGAUUCUAUAGGCAAGUGUGAAGAUGCAAUAAAAUGUUAUGACUCUGCAAUUGGAAUUGACCCGUAUUAUGCUGACGCUUAUUACAAUAAAGUUAACGCUUUAUCAACGUUGGGGGAAUAUGAAGAAUCUUUAGAUUGUAUAAAUGAAGCCAUCAAAAAAAAUCCUGAUUUUGCGAAUGCUUACUAUAUUAAAGGGAAUGUGCUAUACAAACUUGGGAGAAGUGCUGAAUCCAUUGAAUGCUAUAAUGAUGCGAUUAGACUUGAUCCUGACCAUUGUGAUGCUUACCAUGCAAAAGGUAUCAUUCUAGAUGAAAAGAAAGAUUAUGCAAGCGCAUUGGAAUGUUAUAAUGAGGUCAUACGAAUAAAUCCCAAUGAUGUAAGUGCUUAUACUUAUAAAGGAAACGUUUUAUAUAAAAGAGGACGAUCUCCUAAAGCUACAAAAUGCUACAAACAAGCAAUUGCAAUAGAUCCUAACUAUUCUGACGCUUAUUAUUACUUACUUACUUAAUUAUCUGGUGUUUAAGGUGUCUAGUGCCGCAGCCCAAAAGGGCCUAUGGCAAAACUGAUGACGUAGGCGAGCCAUCUUGGCACGGGUCAGCCCCGUCCAAGCCUUCUAUCAACUCCUGCACCACCAACCUUGCUGCACGUCUCACCCGGCGCGUUGCCGUCGCCCUUGUCGCUCGACUCAGCUCCUGCGCGUGUUCCGCCUAAGGGUCAUCCUCCCGUGGGGAUGUGCUGAGAGGUAAAAGCCCGGAAUCUUGAGUGGACUGAGAGUGGUUCCUCUGGUUAUCUCCAGAGUUAAACCGCUAUUGCUGUCCAGAAGUUUCUGAGUAAAAACCUAACCCUAUAAAUAAAAUUCCAUGAGGGAGAGAAAAUUAGCGAAGCUAAUUUCUCUCGAACCGAAUGCCAUUUUAUUUAUGACGCUUAUUAUUAUCUAGGAAAUGUGCUUUUCCAGCUAAAUAAAUUAGAAGAAGCCAUUGAGUAUUAUAGCUUGGCAAUAAAAAAGGGCCAGAACUAUGAUAAAACCUUGUAUUAUUGUGCCAGAGGAGGCGCCUAUAAUGCAAUGGGCUAUGAGCAGCAUUCGUUGGAAGACUUCAAUACUGCUUAUGCACUUUCUCAAGGAAAAAUUACAAGCAUUCUUACAAAGGGUAAAAUAAAUGUAAUAAAUUUGACUAUAGCUGAGGAGCGGACAGAAUUAAUAAAAACAGUCAAACAGCUGCAGCAAAAAGCUGCUCAGCUAAGACAAAAACUAGAGGAUAGUAAAGAAGCAGCUAAAGAUAAUGAAAAAAUGAAGAUUCAAAUGGAUGAGGAAUUCUACAUAAUCAAACAAGUGAAGACACAAGUAGUCAUUCAUUCAUUCUUAUUUAGAGGUCGUAAGAUCAUUUUAUGGUGGAGCCAAAGCUCACCGCGCUAGGCCUUAUGGCCUUAAUUACUCACCGCUAGCGACGACAAGGUAGCUUAUCUCCUCAUCUCACGCCCGUUGUCUUGGCCAGAGCACCCGUCUUCGAUGCGAUUUAAACCCCAUUAACUGAAGACACAAGUAGUCAAAAAAGUCCUUUCUAUUAUAGAUCCAAAUUGCAAGGAGUGGGAAAAAGAUGAAAAGGAUAAUAAAAUGAGGGAAUUCGACGGUGAUCUGCUUAAAUAUGUGAAAGAACUUGAAAUCAGAAUGAUUGAAGAAGAGAACUAUUUUAAGCAAAGGCUGCAUGAAAUGGACGAAGGCAAAGUUGGCGUUGAUGAGAUAGAGUACAAUGCCAGAAUAGUAAACCCAGCCAUAAGGAAUAACGAAGAUUUAAAAUUAUAUUAUUCUGCGCUCUAUGACAGGUUGCACACCGCAUUAUUUGAGUCUGAAGUCAUUUGUGGGGGAAACAUAGCAUUAAAGACUACUUAUGUGACAACAAGAGCAUUUUCUCUUUUCUUUACAUUGAUCCCAGUUUUUGGCAGAAUCUUAAGUGCUGGGUUUAAUUUGGCAUUGGAUACAUUGAACGAUUAUAAGCUCACAGACAAAGCAAUUCUGUUUAAAGUUGCCACUGGAAACAAUCCGACAGAAAGAGAAAACGUUAUCAAAAGAACAGCUGAAAGACUCACUCUUAAUAGCAUAGAAAAAAUAUCGAAAAUCGAUAAAAAUGUGGAAGUGAAGUAUUGGAUUACUGAAAGCUUUGUUGAAAAAUGCCAAGACUUUUUUGACGUUAACAUUGAUAAGUCACUUUAUUUAAAAAAACCACAAAUUUUAGGGUGCAUUGAUGCAUUGAAAAUCAUGUUUUAUAUUGCGGCUGGCCAUUUCCAAAGAGGGUUGGGCACAGAUGAAGCUGUUGAUCAAUUAAUCAGCAUCCCUGCUAAUUAUCGAUUUACUAACUAACUCCCCCCCCCCCUCCGUGAGCGAACAAAACCAUUAGAAAAAUCGCCAUUUUUUGACCAAAAACCCACCCUCCGUGAGUGAACAAAAAUUUUUUUAAUAGAAAAAAUUUUAAUGGAAAAAAAUUUUGAUAAUUAGUAUAAUGAAAUCUAGAGCUAAUUCUGUUUAAUUUUAAACAAAUUGCGUUUUAAAACAUAAAUUUUGCAAAUUAAAUUAAUAUUUGCUUCCCAAUUUUUGCAAAUUAGGAUUUUUUUAAAUUUCGAAAAAAAUAUUUUUUAUAAAAUUUAUAUAUAAAUUUUUUUUAAAAAAAAAAUUAACCCCCCUCCGUGAGUGAACAAAAUUUUUUUGUUCGCUCACGGAGGGGGGGGGGGAGUAAAGACAAAAGCAUAAAGAGCAAUAAAGCAAGAAAAGGGUUCUGUAUAGUCUUCUCAGUUCAUCAGAUUAUUUAUAGCAAUGCUUUAUUGAACAAGCCUGAUUUAUUGAUGAGGAUUAGUCAAAAAACAGGAUUUGAAUUAGCUAAAGUUAUUGAAAUAAGUGACAAGAUGCAUAAUUUAGGGUUCAAGUUAGAAGAUCUUGAAUGUGAUUUAUUGUGUGAGCUUAUUGCAUCAUUUGAGAGAAUCUAA